AUGCAGCUUGCAGACCCACAGAUAUUAUUGCCUGGCCGUAUCCGGGUCACUGGAGAUGAAGAUGAUAUCUCCGGCAACUGCUCCAUUGGCGAUCCGGGCUCCAACCGUCAUCUCCACGAGAACCUUCAACUCCGAGGACCACCUAAUCUCGUCUUAUUCCCAGAUGAGAGAUGCCAGAUUUCGCACCUCUCCUCGUCUCCUUCCCGGAAGCCUUUCCGCUGGACUCUGUCGGCACUUCUCCACCUAACUGGCUUCAUGCGGUCGGUGGUGAACGUCUCUAUAUGUUACAGGCGAUAGCAGAGGAGGAAGACAAGAUCGGUGAGCGUGCUGCGCGUGCAACCAGACCGCUAA